AUGGAUGUGGCAACUUUUGGCAGAACUAGACCUAGUACAUCUAAGGUCAGAGUCGAGAUUGAUCUCACAAAACCUCAGGUGACUAGAGUUUAUGUAGGCCAAGAAGAGGAAACCAAUCCUUUGAAGGGGUUUACUCAGAACAUUGAUUAUGAACAUGUUCCAAAAUAUUGCAUGCACUGUAAACUCAUUGGACAUUCUCUAGUCCAAUGUAGAGCUGCAAUUAAGAAGAAAUCAAUAGAAGAAACAGAAGAUAAGAUUGAAGUUGAGCAGACUCAGGCGAGUAAACAAUCUGAUGAGGAAAUGGAGAAAACUAGCAAUAUGAUUUCUGAAAGGAAGGUCAACCAGCCUGACAACAAUACUCAAGAUGAGCUAAACAAGAAAAAAUUGAAAAAAAGAGUGAAAAGGAAACAUAGAAUGCAAAGAACUGCCAUUUCAAAAAAAUCAUGA